ACUGGCGUUGCUACGCACCUUGGUAAUCGACGGCUGCUUCAUCCUUCACCGCUUGGUCAAGUACGCACAUCUCGCAGAAAGGAAGACGAAAAGCAGCAGGCAGCAGCAAGGCGGCGGCUAUGGCGCCCAUGACUGCACGCAGACCGGUGGCAGGUGCUUCGUGUGGCAGCUCGUGACGCGGGACCUGCUGCUGCUCGAGAACCAGAUCCCUUUCUUCGUCCUCCGCGAACUGUUCCAGGUGCUGAAGAAGGACGGCGAGAGCGACGAGACCCUCGUGAAGGGCGGCCUCAUGCUCUUCCGCGCUCUCUGCCCCCAGAUGCUGCUGCAUCGUCCAGAUUCUUCUGUCCCUGUCUCGGACAUUGCCAAAAAGCUCGAUGCCGAUGCCGAUGGUGUGCACCACCUCUUGCACCUCUUCUACCUCUUGGUCGGCUAGAGAGAGCUCAUCGUCAGCAAGCACCCAGCACCAGCACCAGCAGGUCGUCGUCCUCGUCCAGCAGCGGCAAAUGUUUCGGUACCCAGGUGGGCUGGUACCCAUGCUGACCGAGCACCAACAUCAGCACCAGCAGGUCAUCGUCCUCGUCCAGCAGCAGAAGGAUCAGCACCAGCAGGUCGUCGUCCUCGUCCAGCAGCAGCAGCAGCAGCAUCAUCAGCAGCAUCAGCAGCAGCAGCAGCAAGCAGGAACAACAAUAAUGACGGCGGCGACGACGCCGUCGUCGAGGAAGAGGAACUCGACGACGACGACGUGCUGCCGUCGGAGCUCCCGCAGUGGAUACCAGGCGCCAAGGAGCUGGUGGAGGCCGGCAUCCGGCUGAGGAAGAGGAAGGGCGCGGUGAGCUUCCUGGAGAUCAGGUUCGACGCCCGCCGCGGCGUCCUGGAGAUCCCGCCGCUGCAGCUCUACGACUACAGCGAGGCGCUGUUCCAGAACAUGAUCGCGUUCGAGCAGACGUACCCGCGCACCCAGUUCGACGUCUCCACCUACGCCGUCUUCAUGAACUGCCUCGUCAGCACGGCGGAGGACGCCAGGAUCCUGCACCUGCGCGGCAUCCUCGUCAACAUGGUGAACGGCGGCGGCGACCACGACGGCGGCCGCCACUUCUUCGACAGGAUCUGCUCGCAGGUGCACUUCCCGUCCGACAACUACCUCGUCCACACCAUGGCCGGCGUCAGCGAGUACAUGCAGUCCAGGCGGCACAGGUGGCGGGCGGCGCUUGUGCGUGACUAUUUCAGCAACCCUUGGGUGGCCAUAUCCGUGGGGGCCGCGGUUUUCCUGCUCUUCUUGACCGUGCUGCAGACCUUCUUUACCGUCUAUCCCUACUUCAAGCCUUCCAAUUAAGGCAGAGAGAUUAAUAAUUAAGCACAGAGCCAUCUGUGCAACAUUUGCUGCAUCCAUGUUUUCAGUGUGUUAAACUGUUAAUUAAUGUCUGUAUAAAUGUACAUGGAUCUAUAAACAUAUUACUGUACUACCUUUUGGUAAAUGGCUACUCUUCUUCUAUA